CUUUUUGAAAGAGUAAGACAAACCAGGGAAUAGAAAGAAAAAAAAAAACAGUGGUGUUGUAAAACUUUAUAAAGGAAAUUGUUUCUGUAGAAAUUGAAAAAGGGAAGUGUUUCUGUUGAAUUCAUGGGGUUGGGGAUAUGGGGAGCCUUCGUCAAUUGGUUAUGCAGUCUCUUUUUCAAGCAAGAAAUGGAGUUAUCUCUGGUUGGUCUUCAGGAUGCUGGGAAAACGUCACUUAUAAAUGUCAUUGCAACUGGUGGAUAUAGUGAAGUGAUGAUUCCUACGGUAGGAUUUAAUAUGAAAAGGAUAACUAAAGGAAAUGUGACAAUAAAGCUAUGGGACCUUGGAGGUCAACCAAGGUUUCGCAGUAUGUGGGAGAGAUACUGUCGUGCUGUUUCAGCAAUUGUUUAUGUUGUUGACGCAGCUGAUUAUGAAAAUUUACCUGUCUCUAGAGAUGAACUUCAUGACUUGUUGAGCAAACCUUCUUUAAAUGGAAUUCCCAUUCUAAUUUUGGGUAAUAAGAUUGACAAACCUGGGGCAUUGUCCAAGAAAGACCUGGCAGAUCAGAUGGGAUUGACGUCCAUCACUGGUAGAGAAGUUUGUUGCAUCAUGAUCUCCUGUAAGAACUCCACCAGCAUUGAUACAGUUGUUGAUUGGCUUGUAAGAAAUUCUAAAUCAACAAACAGAAGCUCGAGUUUUGCCCUAUAAGUGUAUUUGUACGUUGUAUUACAGAGAAGCUAUUUGAUUUAAGUGACUUCUGUUGGUAUGAUACAAGCUUACAUCAUACCAGACAACAUGUGAUUUCAUACGUACGUUGUUACAGAUUGCAUCUGAGCUAAAUUAUAAAUUAAGACAAUUGCUAAUGCCGCAUGUGUAACGGAUUCGAAUAAACUUUUGUGUUUAUACUUUGUUUGUGA